GCGCGUUGCCUAGGGGCGCCUUCAAAUCUCCUUGCCCGGUAAACGCCCUGUGCAGCCUUCGUGACUGGAGCCGCCCAAGAGAGCCCGUUACCAGCCCCAAACAAAUCGAACUGGAGCGAUAAAGACAAGACAAAAACUAGACGCAUCCCAUCUCACACCACUCCUCUUGCCUGCCCGCUCUCAAUCUCGCUCCCUUCAUCUUUCCUGGAAACCAAUCCCUUCCUACUUCUCAUACAAAUUUGGUCCUCUUCAAAUCUCCUGCGACUACUUCUUCAUCAAUCCCUUCCCUGAAACGUGACUGCCGGCCCAAAGCCUCGUGGUCCUUGAUUGUCAUUGUCAAUUUCUCCCUUGGACCAGACCCUCCAUAUCCACUUAUUCUUCAGACAACUUAUUCUCGCUCUGAAGUAUUCUUCUUGACGUUCCCUCCUUCCUCCUUCAAGUUGUUACUGUCUUCCACAAGCACCUCCUAGUCUCACAUCCGUAACAUUCUUCCUCUUCCCACUCCAGCACCAUGUCUGUCGAAGCUCCCAAGCCCGUCGAAGAGACACCGGUCGUCGAGCCUACAAAGGUUGCCGCCGAACAACCAGAGACCACGGCCGAAGCCACGGAGACUGCUGCUGCUCCUGCCGAGACCACUGAGGCUACACCUGCUGUUGCUGAAGAGCCCGCUCCCGCUGCACCGGAGGAGGUCAAAAAGGAUGAACCGGCUGCCGAGAUUACCCCUGCUUCAGAGGGCGUGUUGGGGUACAAGGAGCCGACUUUCUUCAAGAAAUUCAUCUUCAGCAAGCACUACUUCUGGUUCCAAGAAGAGCCGGCCACCGCCGAGUCAUUGACCAAUUUCAUGCGAUCUGAGAAGGCAGACACAAAACACUCUGACGCUGCAUGGGCACGUGAGACCGGAAAGGGACUGCUCUUCUACUCCAAGCGAGCCGAAGACAAGGCAACUCCAGCUGGUAUCAUCAACCUGUCUGAUGCCUCGACUAUUGCCAAAGAAGGUUUCCAAUUCUCCUUCAAGGCCGGUGCUCACGUCCAUCGGUUUGAGGCAUCAUCCGCCAAGGAACGGGACAGCUGGAUUGCUGCUCUUGAGAAGACAAUCGAAGAGGGAAAGAGCCUGAAAGAAGAUGUCACUGGACGCGAGAGCUAUAAGAAGAACGUCGAGGAAUAUGCCAAACCCGCAAUUGCUCCUGUUGCGGCGGCCGUCAAAACUUCCCGCUCCAAGUCGAAAGAACCAAAGAAGUCUGUUGACGCCUCUACCGCCGCCGCCGCCGCAGCUGCUGAUGCUGCUGCCACUUCUAGUGACGCAGAUGAAACCACAAAGCCUGCCGCUGAGCGUUCUCAGUCACGGAAGCGUGGUAGUAUCUUCGGAACUCUUCUCAGCAAGAAGGAGGAACAUGCUGAAAAGAAAGAAGAGAAGCCAGAAGUUCCUGCCAAAGAUGAAACCAAGGAAACACCUGAGGCAGCCGAGGCAUCCGCGGCCAGUGCUGUGCCAGCUGCGGUUGUCGCUUCUGACAAGAAGGAAGAGAAGGAAGAUGUGAGCCCUACCGAGAAGAAGGGCAAGCGUGGCUCUGUCUUCGGCAGCCUCUUCAGAAACCGUGUAGCAAGCCCGACAACCGAGAAAUCCGAGAAGGAUGCUAUGGCCACAAGCGACGUCCCUCCAGUCUCGGAGACCGCCCCCAAGAUUGAGGAGCCGAUCGAGAACAAACCCAUCGACGCUGCAGCUGUCACUGCCCCAGUCGAUACUGUCACUACUCCCGCCGAAGAGCCUGCAGCAGCGGGAGAAAGCUCUUCCGCACCCAAGACGGAGAAGAAGGGCGGUUUGAUCAGUUUCAUCAAGAAGACUGAAGCUAAGCUCGAAGGCAAGAAGGAAACCAAAGAGGAGAGCAAAGAAGACAAGGCUGCCGAAGCCAUUGCUAAAGAGCCCGUUGCUGCUGCCAGCACCGAGCCAGCCGAAACCGCUGCUCCCACCGAAGCCGCCGCCGAGACUACUGCACCUGCGACCGAGGAGCGCCCCGCUCGCGACAACAAGCGCCGUACCUCCCUUUUCUUCAACAAGAAGCAACAUGAGACCCCCGAAGCCGAUGAUACCGUUGCCGAACCCAAGCGGGAAAAGUCUCCUCUCCCUGGUGGCAAAUUCAUCGGUCAGCUUGUCCGUCGCGCUAGUAAAGCGAUCAAGUCUGAGGGGCCGAAGGAAAAGACUGCUGAGCCUGCCGCCGCUCCUGCCAGCGCGACUGAAGCCCCUGCCUCUGAGACCCCAGUCGUUGCUCCGGAAGCUGCCGAGACCAAGCCUGCCGAACCUGUCCCCGAGCCCGUUCAGUCUACACCUGAAGCCGUCGCUACUACGGCUCCAGAGGUCAAGGCAACGGCUUGAAGGUCCGACGAGGUCAGAGACAAGACUCCACGCACAUCUCUAUCACAUCCAUCUCGACUGUCUCGAGCGUCUAGUCCAGUUGAAUUCGAGAAGUGGUGGGACGAGAAGACUUACAGCACUCCUCCGGCGGUACCUCCUCGCAGCCCCUCUCGUCUCUCUGGCCUCGUGGUUUCGAGGUAGCGUGACACGGUUGGAUCUCCAUCAGUCCGUCCUGUUUCCAGUAUCGAUCUUUUGAGAUACCCGGGCCUAUUUUGGCCCAUUGACGACAAACUCGGACAUCACUCCUUUUAUGCAUUUUCUCUCUUUCAGGAUACCCCACGCACUGCUAGAUCGAAACUGUUUGUCUUUUUUGAGUUAUUGUGGAUUGUGUUUUCUUGGUUUUUUGCUUUGAGUACAGAUACCCCACUUAGGCAAGUCUUGUCCUUACGAGAAGAGAUACCCCCGAAAGCAAAGUUGUUGGUGGAAAAGGCAAGGAAAACAGGCAUACCAUCGCGAGGGAAAAGGGAGGCUUAUCAGUCCUUCCUGUUCCUCGGCGAUACGGGACACUGCGGGAAAUCUUGUGGAGCACAUCUGGUGACAAUGUCCAUGUUCACAGUUUUGAUUGAGAUCGACAGAUUGGAUCGAAACUCGUGGGCAAGUGAACAGGAAUCAUGAUUGCAAAGCAGGAACAAGACAGACAACAGAACACCUAGCCAGUGAACCAUGCAAAGCAGAACCAAGCGUUAGGAUAGUAAUAGCUAAUACAUGAAAUUGCUAAAUAAAAACAGCGGAGUGCACUUGUUUAAUGUCCGAA